ACGGUAAUCGCAGACCAGGAACCAUCUCACACUGUACACCCGGUUAUAUUGGAUUUUGAAAGCUAGAUUUGUUGACGGCGGUUUAAACCAGUCUAAAGAACCUCUAGAAUCGAAGAAGUCCGUUUUAUGUAGUUGCAGUGAUUUAACCAGGAAGAUGAUCAGUCGUAGAAUAAUUAUACAGAAUAUAUCGAAAUGGCAAAAUAAAAACAAACAUUGUAGUAGUGCCAGCUAUAGUUCUAAAAGAGAAGUACCAGGUAAAGACUAUGUUGCUGAUGAUUAUAAAGGUAUGAGCUAUGAAGAUACCAUCAAAGUUAGAAAGACAAAAUUGAAUCCAGCAUUGUUGACUUAUUAUAAACAACCGGUUAUGGUACAUCAAGGUAAAAUGCAGUACUUGUUUGACACCAAUGGUAGAAGAUAUAUUGAUUUAUUUGCUGGUAUUGUAACUGUCAGCGUUGGACAUUGUCAUCCUAAAGUUACUGCUGCUGCCACAGAACAAAUGAAGAAAUUAUGGCAUACAACAAAUAUAUAUCUUCAUCCUUCUAUACAUGAAUAUGCUUCAAAACUAACAGAUACACUACCUGGAGAUCUAAAGGUGGUAUAUUUUACCAACAGUGGUUCUGAAUCUAAUGAUUUAGCUCUACAUAUGGCCAGAUUAUACACUGGAGUUUUUGAUACUCUAUCUCUCAGAAACGCUUACCAUGGUGCUAGUCCAUAUUUAAUGGGUUUAACAGCUUUAUCUACAUGGAGAUUUAAUACACCAACAGGAUUCGGUAUUCACCAGGUAAUGAAUCCAGAUCCAUACCGUGGACCUUGGGGUGGAAAAUAUUGUAGAGAUUCUAUUUGCCAGACUGACAGAGAUUGUGAUUGUAAACCAGAUGAAUGCAUUAGCUGUGAUUUAUAUGUUGAUCAGCUUGAAGAUGGACUGCGGUUUUCAAUGCCGAAAGGAAGAGUUGGUGGAUUUUUUGCUGAAUCUAUUCAAGGAGUUGGUGGAACCGUACAAUAUCCUAAAGGUUAUUUAAAGAAGGCUUAUGAUGCUGUACAUGCAAAAGGAGGUGUAUGCAUUUCAGAUGAAGUUCAAACUGGAUUUGGAAGACUAGGCAGCCAUUUUUGGGGAUUUGAAACCCAUGGUGUACAUCCAGAUAUAGUAACUAUGGCUAAAGGUAUGGGUAAUGGUUUUCCAAUGGGUGCUGUGGUUACAACUCCAAAAAUAGCAGAAGUGAUGGGUACAGCUCUUCAUUUUAACACAUUUGGAGGAAAUCCUGUAGCAUGUGCUGUCGGUAUGGCGGUACUAGAGAUUAUUAAAGAGGAUAAUUUACAAGAACAUUGUGCUGAAUUAGGAUCUUAUAUGUUAACAGAAUUAGAGAAUAUGAAGUCUGAGUUUAAAUGUAUUGGAGAUGUAAGGGGAAAAGGUUUAAUGAUAGGUGUUGAAAUGGUGGAAGAUAGGAGCUCCAGAAAACCCUUACCUGCUGAUAAAAUGGCCGAUAUAUGGGAAGAAACUAAAGACCAAGGUAUACUUUUGGGUAAAGGAGGUUUUUAUGGAAAUACAUUCCGUAUUAAACCACCGAUGUGUCUCAAGAAAGAUGACGUAGAUUUCUCACUGGAAGUUCUUCGUAGUUCUAUUAAGAAAGUGAUGGGAUAAAGAUGCUGCAUGAAUUUUAUCUUAUCAUUGCCUACUGAACAUUUUUACUCUUUAACUCUUUCAUUAUGUUAAUGGAUGUGUAUGUUGACUUUCUCGCCUUAUUAUGAAUGUGUUGUGAAAGUACAAAGUUAAAAUUAGUCACAGAAUGGGUUUAGCAAUAUUGGCAUAUAGAAAUAUAAAUUGUCAUAUUUGAUGACUAAAAAUGGCAGUCUAUUCAAACAAUUGGAGUCUUAAUGACACUAAAGUUACUGAUUUGUGCACAUGCAAAAAUUCUGUUUUGAGCAUUGUCAGUGAUUUCCACACAUAUAAAUGUACUGAUAACACAGCUUUAUUCUGACAUAAUUAUUUUCAACACAUACAUACUGGUAUAUGUGAUCUCCUGUCAAAUAUCAGUAUUUAAAUAUAAUUUUUGUAUUUAUCAUCAACUGGCAGGGGCGGAUCCAGGAGAAUUUUUGCAGGGGGGGGGGGGGCAUGUUCCUAAGACAAUGUAUCCCCUCCCCCCUCCUGCAUGGUCUCUAUCGUCAUUUUGGCGUAUAUAUAUGCACAUUGAGCUUUUUAAACAGAGAAAUUCAACACCUCGUUUGACGUCAAUUUUUAUUAUGAAUUAAUACAAUGACAUUGGAAUUCAAUUUCAUGGAUGCAAAGCAUUAAUUGUGAUAUCACAUAAUGUCUAUAUCAUUAUCUCGUGCUUUGAGUGCCCAUCCUGUCCCAAAUCUUACGAUAAAGGAUAAAGCACACGGCCGAGAAACCUUUCUCAUAAAAAGUGUGGAUUUCAAAAAUAAUUUAUGUAGCUGAGCAGGGGGGGGGGGGGGUCGACCCCCCAAACAUCUCCUCUGGAUCCGCCCCUGAGUGACUCAUGGGGUCAAUUUAGUAACAGUUCCUCUACUAUCAAGUCUUGUAGAAAAUACAUUGCAAUGAACUUUUGUAAUUACAUUACUUAGCAAUAAAUGAAUAGAAAAUAUGACUUUGAUCAUGUCGUAUCAAGUUUUAAACAGUACACAGUAUAUAUUUCAAUAUAUUGUAUAUUGAAACUUGAUGGUGGUUAUAACUGAAUAUAGAAAUUGCCUCAAAGUCUCUUUUGUUCACCUUGAUAUAGUGAUUAACAGAUUUAGUUUGUUCAGAUAUGACCAAAUUAUGUAAUAUCUUACUUAUAUUAAACUGGGUGUGAAAGUACAUGUAUUGUUAUUGUCCUGUUUAAUUUGAUAUUACUAUUGGUUGUAUACUAGUUUUACUACUUGUUUACAAUCUGUCCAUCAUUCACUCUGGCUGUAUUGCCAUUGGGUUACCUCACGUAAGAUAAAGUUUUAAAUAAAUUAGAAAGAUUCAAAUAUUUUGACCCUAGUUUUUUUUAUAUCAAAUUAUAUUGUUCAUAUUACAAUCUACAAAUUAACAAGGUAUUCUCUGUAUUAUUUUAAAUACAAGGUGAAGGUCAUUUUCCUAUAUGCAGUGACGGAUCAUGGCAAGGAAAACGGGCAAAUGCUAAAAAAAAUAAUGACCCACUUCCCAAAUAUCGUGAAACAAAGUGGUCUUUUUUCAAUGAGUUUUGAAAUUAUUAGGUAGUGGGGACCCCAAGGGGCAUUGGUGAGAAAAAAAUGAUAUCAACGAUUCCACAUUGGAUGGGUUAGCAGCAGGAAGUUGAUAUCAGAAAUAUUUCUAUAACCUGAAAUAGUAUUUCUGGUUGACAGGUAGCGGUCUUGUUAAUUGUCCAAUAUUUUACGUCAGGCCCCUUGUUUCUCACUCAACCAGCUUGCUUGACAACAAGAAUUGCAAACCGGUGUCAUCGGGCCCAGACUGACCAGUGUCCCACUGGCCCCCUCUCUGCUAUAGUUUUUUCUGUGUGAAAUAAUUUUGGUGUCAGUUGGUGCCUGUGAAUGGUAAAAAAAAAUUGGGGGCCCUUUAUAGACCAAUUUGACGUAUAAUUUUAUAGGGGCUCUUUACAGACCAUGAGACCUGAAGAAACAAAUUCUGCACUAUUCGGAAAUAUGAUCUGCAACAACUUCAUUCAGAUUACUAAUCUAGAUCGACACUAACUGCUUAGAACUAAGUAUAUGAAUUACCACCUGGGAUAUACUCCAGAUCACCAUAUCUGGUUGAAAUUGUAAAAAAUUUCUUGGGGCAGGACCCCUUCAACCUCAUGAUCUGUCACUGCCUCUUUGACCUUUGACACUGCUAUUUUGAGGAGACUAUAUUCUUGGUAGUCUAAGCAGAGAGAACAUAGACUGGAAUAAAACUUAUUUCAUAAAAGACUUAACUACCAGUAUGUUAACUUGCAUAAUUAGUCCAUUAUAUUGUUGCAUACAUAUGAUGUUUUUAAAUGUUCUGUUUAUUUAAAUAAUAAAGUUCCAACCAUACUAUAUGAAUCACAGAUAUUACAGUUGUUACCAUAUUUGGUUAAAUAUGUACCAGUCUUGAAGAGAAACGAUUUCAGAAUAUGGCAAAUAGAAAAUAAUGACAGUAACUUGAGUUUUCAAUGUAGAAAGUUUAUGAUUGAGUAAUCCUGAGAACCCUAUCUUUAUAUUUAAUUAUAGCUUAUUUGUUUGUAAUAUAACUAAUGUUGUCAGGAAAAAUAAUAUCAGACAAUCUUGUACACAGAAUCAUUCUCAUGGGUGCUUUCCAAUAAAUUACCAAAAAAUAUAGCUCUGUAUAUCAAAAUGCACAAUUCAAACAAUGUCAAAUAUUAAAGACCCAAUAUCCAAGCUAAAUUAGCUUAUUGGAGGUCUUUUUUUCUCGCUUCCAAACUCAACUCUCUAGAACAUCAGAUGGCAGAGAUAUUGAGUGAAUUAGAUAAUUAUCUUAGCAAUGGUACUUGACAAUGAAGGCUAUUUAGGCUAUUUCUUGUCAAAACUUCAAACAUCCAUAACUUUGCUCAGAAUUAAGUUAUUUGACUGAAGAUUUCAAUAUAUGUAUUCAUUUUUUAUUAUCAAUGUUUAUUAUAAGGUUCAUGGAAAGGCCAACUCUUUAUCUAAAUGCAUCAUAAAUUUGCACAACAUAAACAAUAAAAUGAAUGAACAUCUGAUUUUAAGGAGAUUGAUUGAUUUAGAUAGAAUAGCAUGUUAAUAUUGUAGAUGAGGUUGUUUAGAUGACUGUACACAGGUUUUAUGUAAUGAAAUAGCCCGUUCAGACGCUGACGUUGAACUGGUUUAAAAACCCAGGGGAUCGUUAAACCAGUUUAACUGAAGCGUUUGAACGCAAAUGUGGGGCAAAUAAACCAGUUUAAAAAUCCCAGCUCGCGACCUGUCUUCGAACAGGUCCAGCUUGCUUCGAGCAUGCGCAGUACGCAGUAAGUUACAUUCCCGUGAAAAUAUCGGGGUCCGACAGUGCCCAGGGGCAGAUCUAGGAAUUUUGAAAAGGGGGGGCGCCGCAAAAUGAGGGCACUGACCGCGGAGAUGGGCACACCGCUGUUUGGUGGGGGGGGGGGGGGGUUGGGGGUCCCCCCAAGAAAAUUAUCUGUCAUUUCCUUGCAUCUGUAGCCAUUCCAAGAGCUAUUUGGCUGAUAUUUUCGUCUAAGUAAACAUUCGUAAAUCGUUGAAAAAGAGCCUUAAAAUCGAGCAAAAAAGCCAGUUGAAGAUGCGACUCGAAAAUUGUCAAGGCCAGCGAGGCAUUAUGAUGGGAAAAAAGAAGAAUCUAUUCCCUAGCCACUUCACUAUUUAAGCCUUGUAACUUGUGUACUGUGCACACAUGGAACAAUGCUACAUCAAGUUGCACUCAUGUGCGUCGGUGAUGGGCAUGAGUGUAUACGCCACGGAUUCCACAAGAUGCUAUCAUUGAUGUCUGUCUGUAGUCACUCCUAUAGGAUUAGGGCAACGUCAGCUAAACAACAAGAAUUUGUUUGAAAGUGGAAGCAUUAAUUAGACCAGACUGGUGUGUUUGAGUCGAUGGUUUGAGUCAUUUGGGAUCCCUGCAACGGGUUGAGAACGGACAUAUUUGGGUCUGAGAAAAGGCACUUUCAGCAGUAAAAAAGGGCACUGUCGAAAAUUGGGGGGGGGGGCCUCGCGCCCCCCUUGGAUCCGCCUCUGGUGCCAAUGUUAUCGAAAGCGUGCGAGAACCGAAUAAAUAAAGGUUAACUCUAACCUCCGACCGAAGAGGGCAGAAUAGUUAAACUGGUUUGGCUUAUAUACAUGUAGUACGUGUGAAUGCAACACGACCCCUGACCCCAGCGAUUAUGAACUGGUUUAAAAAUAAGCGUCUGAACGGGCUAUAAGUAUGAUGUGAAAUUAAAGUCACUGAAGUCCGUCGUACACGAGCAAAGAAAAUUUGACAAAUUUCUUUGACGGUCUCAUCAAAUUUUCUUUGACCGUACGAAGCGGAGGUCUGUUUAUUUGAGACAAGAUAAGGCAUUUUUUCCGAUUCUCAUUUAUUCAUAUGAAUAGGUAAUUAUUACCCAAUUAUAUAUUACAUGCCUAAUACAGGGUUGGAUUACUUGCAUGCAAAACAAAAACAUCAUUAAUUAACCACAUCAACAAUUGGCAUCAAACACUACAGCUGUAGAUUUCAUUCCAAUAAACUAAUGUAACAAAA